AUGGAGAUCAAUCAAGCGAGUGCUCCAGAGGUGGACUUGAAGAGGCUAUUCAAAGCUCCAGACACUGAGAAUCAUAUGGAUGGGAUCACUGACCCAUACAGUUUCAGGUCAUGGUGGAAUGCCAUCCAUGCAUUGGACCCAGACGACUACAAGGAGAGAGCCAAACUCUAUUACAGAUCUUUGUACUUUUUGCCAGGAAGUUAUAAGCUAUGGUAUAACUUUUUACAAGAAUCUAAAGAAAACUGCAAGAGAUUCUCCAUUCAUAGCAAACGAUAUGAGAUUAUUAACGGCGUUUUUGAGUAUUCAUUGAGCUAUAUGAACAAAAUGCCCAGGAUAUGGUUGGAUUAUUGCAAAUUCUUGGGAAGACAGAAGCUGAUUAGCAAGACUAGAGAGACCUAUGACCGAGCAUUGAAUUCCUUACCUCUCCCCCAGCAUAAUUUGAUUUGGAUCAGGUACUUGGAUUGGGUGAAGCAACUUGAAAAUUUGACAAUGAUUAAAAAUGUCUAUAAAAGGUACCUCAAAUUCUCUCCUAAUGCUGCCGAAGAAUAUAUCGAUAUCCUUCUCGAGUAUGGUGAUGUUCAAGAAGCAGCAGAGGUCUAUCUUAAAAUCCUAGAUGAGGAGAAUUACAACUCCAAGAAGGGAUUAUCUCAGUACCAGCUCUGGAUGCAACUCUGAGAGCUGAUUUCUAAACACCCCGAUAAAAUCAGGAUUCAAAACGUUGAAGAAAUAAUCAGGCAUGGGAUCAAGAAAUAUAGUGACGAAGUAGGAAGACUCUGGAUCUGUUUAGCUGAUUAUAACUCUCGUAAAGGAAAUUUUGAGAAGACUAGAGAGAUUUUUGAAGAAGCCUUGGCAAACAUAGUCACGGCUAGAGAUUUCUCACUAAUCUUUGAUGCUUACAUCAACUUCGAAGAGACCAUUAUAGCAAAUGAUGCUGAACAUACUGAAAGAGAUGAUGAAUUUGAGGACAAAUUAGACGAAAUGAUCGAUAAAUCUCUUAACCUCAUAGAGGAGAGAAAAGAUGAAGACCAACUGAGAGAUAUAAAUAAAGACAAGAUGGAUGACUGUAAAGAUGAUGACUACCAGAUAUCUAAGCUUGAAAAUUUAUUGGAAAGAAGACCCUUUUUGUUGUCCAAUACUAAUCUUAGACAAAAUCCUUCAAAUGUGUAUGAGUGGCUUAAUAGAGUUAAGCUUUAUGAGGGCAAUAAUGAGAUGAAGAUCCAGACAUAUCUUGAAGCAAUUCAUCAGAUUGAUCCAUCUAAAGCUUAUGGCAAAGCUGGUAAGGUAUGGGUGGAAUUCGCUACAUUCUAUGAAGAGAACGGGGACCUUGAGAAUGCAAACCAAAUCUACCUUAAAGCAAUCAGUUUGGCCUUUAAGAAUAUUGAUGAGCUAGCAAUGGUGUACUGCUCCUGGGCUGAGAUGCAUUUUAGACACAAGAAUUACGAAAGCGCUUUAUUGAUCCUCCACACUGCUGUGUCUUCCAAGAGAGGGAAAGUUAAGAAGGAAAGAGAAGACUCACUCCAUCUCAGUACUAAGCUGUGGUACUUCUAUGUAGACCUACAAGAGAACUUCGGUACCUUUGAGGAUGCAAAGAAAGCAUAUGAACGGAUGAUGGAUCUAAAAGUUGCUUCUCCACAGACAAUUUUGAACUAUUGUGCAUUCCUUGAGAGGCACUAUUACUUUGAAGAGUCCUUUAGAAUCUAUGAAAGAUCCUUGUCAAUCUUCGAUUGGCCUCAUUGCUACGAUCUAUGGGUCAUUUAUCUAUCUAAAUUCAUUGAGAGAUACUCUGACACCAAGAUAGAGAGAACAAGGGAUUUGUUUGAUCAAGUGUUGAUAAAAUGUCCUAGCAAGCACAAAAAGAAAAAGUUGUUCUUCUAUAUGUACGCAGACUUUGAAGAAAAUUUCGGCUUGAUCAACCAUGCAAGUGAAAUCUAUGACCGAGCUACCAAAGAGCUUGAAGGAGAGGACAGAAUAGAAGUGUUCAACAUCUUUAUAGCAAAAACUGCAGAGUUUUAUGGCAUCACUAAGACCAGAGAGAUUCUUUAUGAGCGUGCUUUUGACCUCCUUGAGGGUCGCGAUUUCAUUGAAAUCGGACUGAAGUCAGCUAAGCUUGAGCGUAAAUUGGGUGAAAUUGAUAGAGCAAGGAGCAUUUACCAACAUCUUUCGCAAUUCUGUAAUCCCAAGAUUAAAGAGAUUCAGGAAAAAUUCUGGAAUGUGUGGGAUAAGUUUGAAAUUUACCAUGGAAAUGAAGAUACUUACAAAGAAUUCAUGAAAUACAAGAGAACUGUUGAAAUGAGAUAUUCAAUCUCUGUUCCUUUUGAAGCUAUUGGCGAGCAGAUUAGGAGCGAAGUCGAAAAAUAAGAAAUUCAAUGCGGUUUAAAUCAGCUGG